CUCACUGACAAGUGGUGUUUAGGGCUGCCAACUUCCGCCCCAAGAAUUUCCUGAUACAUUUUUUUUUCCUCUUAUUUUAAUCUCCGUCGACUAUAACAUGGACAAACAAGGUAGAAGAGUGGUAGUUUGCGAUAACGGAACAGGUUUCGUAAAAUGUGGAUUUGCUGGAGCAAAUUUACCGCAAUUUAUAUUUCCAUCACUAAUUGGACGGCCGAUUCUGAGAUCGACAUCGAAAGUUGGCAAUGUUGAAUUAAAGGAUAUAAUGAUUGGGGAUGAAGUAGUAGCCGAUGAAGUACGUUCCAUGCUAGAAGUUUAUUAUCCAAUGGAAAAUGGAAUAGUUAAAUCCUGGGAUGAUAUGGGUUAUCUUUAUGAUUAUACUUUUGGAGAAAAGAAGCUUAAUAUUGAUACUAGAAAUAGCAAAAUUCUUUUGACUGAACCUCCUAUGAAUCCUUUAAAGAAUAGAGAAAAGAUGGUUGAGCUUAUGUUUGAAAAGUACCAAUUCGAAGGCCUUUAUAUUGCUAUUCAAGCCGUAUUAACACUUUACGCUCAAGGCUUACAAACAGGAGUAGUUAUUGAUAGCGGGGAUGGUGUUACUCAUAUUUGCCCAGUUUGUGAAAGCAUUGUCUACCAACAUGCUAUUAGAAGAUUAGAUAUUGCCGGCAGGGAUAUAACAAGAUAUUUGAUCAAGUUAUUGCUCUUACGUGGAUAUAAUUUCAAUCACACGGCUGAUUUUGAGACUGUUCGAAUAAUGAAAGAGAAACUAUGUUACGUUGGCUACGAUAUUGAACAAGAAAAAAAAUUAGCUCUGGAGACAACAGUUUUGGUUGAAAAUUACGAACUUCCAGACGGUAGAGUUAUUAAAGUAGGAGGUGAACGUUUUGAAGCGCCAGAAGCUCUUUUUCAACCACAUUUAAUUGAUGUAGAUGGUGUGGGAGUUGCUGAAUUAUUGUUCAAUACUAUUCAGGCGGUAGAUAUUGACUAUAGGGCUGAAUUGUAUAAACACAUUGUUCUGUCUGGAGGAUCUACUUUGUAUCCUGGCUUGCCAAGUCGUUUAGAAAGGGAAAUUAAGCAAAUAUACUUAGAACGCGUUCUUAAGGGGAAUACGGAGGCUUUGGCUAAAUUCAAGAUAAGGAUCGAGGAUCCACCCAGGAGGAAGCAUAUGGUCUACGAAGGCGGAGCUGUUCUAGCAGACAUUAUGAAAGAUCGUGAUGAAUUUUGGAUGUGGAGAAAAGAUUAUAACGAACAAGGUGCCGCUAAUGUGCUUAAGAACAAAAUGGGUGGGAUUCGUUAA